CGUGAUGUCAGUUUCCGUAAUCAGAUAAAAGCUUAUAAUUUUGGUAACCAGGAAUUGUAAUGCCUACUGGUAAGUUUUUAUUAAUUUCACUAACUUGUUGUUAUGUUAUUUCGGCUACGGUACCAGUUAUUGGGGGUAAAGCUAAAUCUUUAUUUGUACAAUGUAAUCUAGGCUAAUACACUAAUACUACUAAUAGCUUAGUCUUAGUCAUUAGACGUUUAGUGAUUAGUCAUAGUCACUGCAGUCUGCAGUGAUUAGUGACGUUUAGAUUAUUAAUAAUUUUAUAUCACACACAAUACAAUUACAGUACAAAUUACUUACAUGAUAGUUUUUGUAGGCUUAAAGUUAAGUAGACUUAUUUUAUUAUUUUUUUUUUGUUUUUUUUUUUAUUUUAUACUUUAUAAUCAUUAUUAAUAGUAUUAUUAAUUAUUUAUAAUUUCAUACUUAACAUUACUUAAUAGUAAUAAUUAGUAAUAGCAUUAUUAAUUUUUAUAAUUUAUAAUAGAAGAAGUAGGCAGGCAAGGAGGGCGUAUGGCCCUACCUGGCUACUUAGCCUUUCAAAAAAAUUCUUUUUAAUUAUUAAAAUUAGAUAAGUAUAAUAAAUUUAGUUUCAAAAUUUCUCAAACCUUCUCAGUAACAGAUGGUAAAUUUAAAUAACCCACUCAACCCUUUGCCCCAGGUUAGGUACUACUUUUGUGACAUGGCCUCCAUCUUUGUUGCCAUGGCAGCAGACAUGUCAAAAAUGUAGUACCCAACACAGCGAAAGAAAUGGAAGGGGAAAAGGAAGACAGUGUGUUGCAGUAGAAAAAAAAUUUAAUGUCAAACAAAAAAAAAUAGGCUAUACAUUUUGUCAGUGGCCAAAGUAACAACUUAAUUUAUCUCUCUAAGAGUAUCUAGAUAUACAAUACAUCAUCAAGAAGUGUAAGCUACCUGCUGUCCCUCCAUUUCCUGGCUUAAUUUCAGCUUCAACUUCACCUUUAAAUAUACUUUUAAUGAGAAAAUGUGGUUUAAGUCAGUGCAGCGAAACUCCGUAGCCAAAAAGCAUUCCCUAAUGCACUUAUCACUCAUCCAAAUAAUAACACACCAUAUGAAGUGAAAAAAUAGGUGUUUUGGUAUGUAAGGGGCUACAAUCCCAUAGAUGAUUUUAUUAAUUUUUGUCAAACUUGGAGGGGAGGGAUAUAUAUAUAAUACUUUCAUUUUGCCCCAGGUGGCACAAGAUACGCCUCUGAAUAAAGGAAUAAAUUUGAUAAAUAAUGAACCCUCUUAGGUACAUAUAUAUCAUUAGUAACUACUUUACAGUACUAUAACUUGCUUAGUAGACUGUAUAAUACGACACACUGCAACAAUGUUACCUGCAAUUUUUUGAGGCGCUUAGUGCCUAGAGUUCGUUUUGUGCAAUAUUUUGAAAAGAUUAAAGUAAUGUGCACGUCAUGAUAAUGAUGACACACUGUUAAAUAUAAAAGCUGAUCAAUUGCAAUUACCAAGGGUUAACUACAUUGUAUAGAAAAUAGAAGAUAAGAUCCUUUUAUUGAUUCAAAUAAAUGCAAACGUUUUUGUAUUACAUUAUACAUAUUCAUUUUCAGCAUAUAAAUAAAUACACAUUUUAACCAAGACAACAUUUUAUAAUUAGACCAAUUAAAGCAUAAGACAUAUUUCUCUAACAUAAAAAUUAGCCAUCAUAUAAUAAAAAUAAUAAACUUCCUUAGUGACAAUAAUGACGUAAGUAAUAAGAAGUGAGAUUUGUUAACUGCUGGGGAUCAUAUCUGGUAAAUUGGUACUGACUGAGGAUUAAAAGAAUUUGUAUAUCUUUCAGUCCUAACUUUAAGGGAAAGAUUUUGCCGUUAUCGUGCUGAUCUUAGGUAUUAGUGAUGAAGAGGGUGUGGUUUACAACAGCAUUUUUCUUCAAAUAGUUUUUCAAGUGAUUAGAUCAGUGUAGAGAUCAACCGAAUUUCGGCUUCAGUUUCGUCACCGAAAGUGAUCAUUCGGUCACUUUCUGUCUAGUUUCGGUUUUGCCGAAACAGAACAGUUAACUUUGGGUUUAAUUUCGGAUUUGGCAGAAAGUGAUCAAGACUUUCUGCCAUCUGGCCGAAAGUGACUGAUAUUUUCGGUCAUCUACCAGAAGUCAGACUGUCUGUCUCUAGGCCGGCAAUCCCAUAUUCAUUAUUGAUCGAAGUCUUGCUGUCAUCGUAUGUUAUAUGAGUAAUACUUUGCGAAAACUCUAACAGCUGCACUUGUCCUUUAUUCCAAAAAAUUUAAUUUCUAUUAGGCCUAGACAAAUGUAAACAGUUUUGUGGAAGAAAAACUAAUGUAAGAGUAAUAUUUAUAUCAUUAUUUUUGUUUUCAUUUUUUUCUAAAAUAAAAUUUGGAACCCUAGGUUUAUUCAAUUCAUUCAUUUGUGAUAUUCAUUUUGAUUUAUCCUUAUCAUGCUCAUCAAUGUUGUCAUAGGCAAGGGUGAAUAAUAUUGAGUAAUCCAAGGGAAUGGUAAUAUCCAUUAUUAUUUUUUUUAAAUUAAAAAAUUAAGGAAACUUAGGCUUUUUUAAUUCAUUCAUUUCUUGAAAUUCAUCAUUAUCAUGCUCAUAAACAUUUUUAUUGAAAAAAUAACACAUGUGUGCAUGUAUUACUGGUUUGUAUUAUAAUUAUGUAGUAUGCCUACUGCAGACCUGUUUACUUUUAUGAUUUUGGCGCCCAAUUUAGAUGUGUUUUGCGAUUCUCCGUCAAGACCAGUCAGAACAACAAUUUUAAGAGGCCCGUUUAACAAAAAAAAUGUUAAGGUUGGUCGCCAAACUAAAUAAUUACAUCACCAGCACAGAAAGACUAAUUUGUUAGUACUAGGCUAAAUAUUAAUACAGCGAUAUCUUGCAAUCUAUUUAUGAAAACACAAAGCAUUAGUAUUUUUAGUACUAGGCUAAAUAUUAAUGCAGUGAUAUCUUGCCAGCUAUUUAUGAAAACACAAAGCAUUAGUAUAACGAUAACUACGAAACAUUGUGGUGAUAUUUUUAUAUUCUAAAAACAAAGGGCACUCAAGGGUCUAUUUUGCAUGAAUCCCCCCCCCCAUUUUCUCUUACUAUACUACUUUUAAAAACAUUUUAAAGAAAUUAAAAUGGUAAAAGCAAAAGUAUUCAUUAGAUGUUUAUAUAUUAAUAUAUUCACGAUGAUCUCAUUUCUUUAUAAAAAGAAUGUAAAUAUUGAUAAUUUCCCCCAUCAUUUUCCAUGUAUGCAGAAUGUAUGCAUGAACGAAUUUAAAAUUAUCUAAAUAUUUCGGUGUCGGCUUUGACCAAGAGUCUCGUUAAGCUUUUGGUUUCGUCUUCAGUUUCAGCUGAAAGUCUCAUUAAGCAUUCGGUUUUGACUUCGGUUACAGCCAAAAUCGGAAAACCACUUUUGGUUGGUCUCUAGAUCAGUGGUUCUCAAAAUUAUGCUGGCCAACUCCUGCUUGGGACCUUUAACUCACCCUGAACACGCCCUGUCUUUCUUUACCUGUCUUAUUCUUAGAAUGGUUGUAAUAAAUAAAGUUUAAACGACCAUUUAUGGUAGAUCAUUGCACAAUUAAAUGUUAGGGUACAUAUUGAUUCAACAUACAAAUGACUAUUAUGCUUUUAUUUUUUAAAAUAAAGUUGAUUCUUUGGAUCAAAGGAUACCUCUGUUUUUUUAAAGUGGAACCAUUAUUUUAGAUACUAUUACCUCAUGUUUUCACUGGUCAGUUUUAUGGUUGGCUUCAUUAAAGGAUGAAUUAGAAGAUGCCAGUUUUUAAGGGUAUUACCAGAAACAUCAUUGACUAUGUUCAUUUUUCUAUGACAUAUCUUUGCUGUGAGCAACGUCACCAACGUCACAGUCGCUGUGCACAUGUAUUACUGGAACAUUGCACUGCGUGAAUUUCUUUGACCAAAUUGGCGAUGACCGUUAUUAUUAUUUGUCAGGAAUAUAAUAAAAUAAUAUGCAUUGCAUGAGUGCCACUUUGCUUAUUUCUAAAUAUUGAUUAGCUUUCCGCUAUUGGCUUCAUCCUUUGAUUUAUUAGUGAAUACUUCAAUAGACUUAAGAGAAAUUAUAAUGUGCUCACUGAAUUCAAUAUAAAUGAAAAGUCUAAAGUCUAUAUUUUUUUGUUUUAUUUCUGAUGUAUAUUUUACUACUGUUUCUGACUUGACAGCCAGAAAUAUCAUUUCUUAAAAUUCAACAUGUUAACAGCAGUACUGAUGAAAGAAAUAUAGGAAACUUCAAAAUUUGACAUACAGUGAAAUAUGUUUAAUGAGAAAACGCUUAACACUAAAUAAGAAUGUGGUCCUAACUAUAUAUAUAUAUAUUUUUUGUAUGCAUCGUUUAACACAAAAUUCUUUUAACAAGAAGAAAUAUUUCGGCCCACUCAGUUCCGUGUUAAACGAUUUUCACUGUAUGUAAAUUUCCAAAAAAUAUUACCUUGAUUUGUUUAUUUUACAUGUCUUUGUUGUUAUAUAUUUUGGUUGACAUAAAGCUGUGAAUUUGCCAGGAUUUUUUAAAAAUUAUUUUAGUUUUAGAUAUUGUUAAGCGAAUCCUGACAUGUCACUGUUCAAGCGGCUAAAUUAAACCAUUGUGUCAGCUGUUAUGUUGAAUAUAAAGGUGGUGUUAGCCAUUAAAACUCUCUCAUUUACCGCCCUCUACCUCAAUCCAUUUUCCAAUCAAAAUAGGUCUUAGCUAUCCCCUUCAUUCACCUUCCACCUCCAUUCUCUACUUCCCAUCCCCCCAUCCAGGACUUCAAAACAGCUCCCACACUCUCCACUCAAUCUCUGCACUACCUCCUAAUGUCAUCUAUGCACAUCAUAUAAUAUUACCUUUAUCCUCUACCAACUCUUUACGCCCUCCUCCUUAACUUAUCAUUUUAAGAGUUCAUGCCCCUGCCAACAGACACUCCUGAACCCACCUCCCAACUCCUCAAUCCAUCGCCCCCACAUCUCCAUCCACCUCCCAACUCCUCAAUUCAUCUCCCCCACAUCUUCAUCCACCUCCCAACUCCUCAAUCCAUCUCCCCCACAUCUCCAUCCACCCCCCAACUCCUCAAUCCAUCUCCCCCACACCUCCACCCACCCCCCAACUCCCCCCUCCACCCCCCCCACUCCUCCCACCUCCUCAACCCAUCGCCCCCACAUCUCCAUCCACCUCCCACCUCCCCAAUUCCUCUCCCCCACAUCUUCAUCCCCCUCCCAACUCCUCAAUCCAUCUCCCCCACAUCUCCAUCCACCUCCCAACUCCUCAAUCCAUCUCCCCCACAUCUCCAUCCACCUGCCAACUCCUCAAUCCAACUCCCCCACAUCUCCAUCCACCUCCCAACUCCUCAAUCCAUCUCCCCCACGUCUCCAUUCACCUCACACAUCCUUCUUUCAGCUUGCAACAUUCUUCCUCUUCCAACCUCAUCAUAUAUUGCCAAAACUCUAUAUUCUCCUCCUAUCUCCUCUAACCAUCUCUCUCUUCCACCUGACUCCUAACCCCUAAAUCUAACUGCUAACCCUUCCAUCCACCUACUACCCUCUCCCUGCACCUUGUCCGUUAGUGAAUAAAAUGUAUAUGCAUUGUAAAGCCAAUUUAAAGCUAUUCAAAUUGCUUCUCAUGUUAGGAAGAGGGAAUCUCUUGAUUAAAUGGAAUCUUCUCAGGAAUGAAGUAUACAUGUUUAAAGAGUUUUCAGAUUUUAAAAAAUUAUUUAUGAUGUGCCGUACUUAUUUUUUAUAGUGUUAUCGCAGCUUUCACUUUAAAGAGGUUUGUGGGAGACCUUUCAGACAUUAGUUAUUGUAUUUGUCAAAUGUUGUUUAAAAAAACAUUUACCUUUUCAUUUAAACAGAUCAUCUUAGUGUGUGCCAGCCAUAAUGAUAUUGUAUUGUUUUGCUAGCCUCCUGCAAGAGCGGCUGAUGUGAAAGACAAUUCGAAAAAUGUAUAUAAUGGGGGGAAAAAUGAACAAGGUAAGUGUUGUGUUGUUUUUAAGAGGCGAAGUACUGGCUCUGGUAUUUAUAUGUACAGCAAGUUUUGUCCUUAUCUUUAAGUAAAUAGUAGCUUGAAAUUCCGUAUUGGGCACCGUUGUGUCUAUGAAACAGGCUAACUCCAUCCUCCAUUGAGUUGUAAUUCAACAGAGAUUAAUGACCUUGUGUAAUGUUACACAUUUUUCAACAAUCAUAAGAAGACAUAAAUAACUUUUUUUUUAAAUAUUAAUUAUUUGUUACAAUAAUUAGUUCUUUUGAAGAAAAGAAAAUAUAAGCGUAAUAAUAGUUAUGUAAAAGGUCGUUACAGUUGUCUGCUGUCUAUAAAUUUAGGGUCUUGUAUUAGUAAUGUAUUAAAUAACAUUAAAAAAUGGUACUUUUCAAAAAUCAUUUGAUGCUCAACAAGACAAGAAAUCUCAUUGUUAGAAUUAGUGAUAUUUUGUUGAUGCUUUACAAUUAAAAGAUUACAUAAUCAGAAGAAAUUAAGCUCUAAUGAGAAUGCUUUAUGAUAAAAAAAAGCUUUUUUUUUUUUUUUUUUUAAAUGCUCAACCCCCCAUGUUCCGGGUUGUACUGCUUUUUGGCUUUAUGUGAUAAUAACAUAGUUUUGCGGUUUUUUGAAAUUUUUUUUAGCUUUGUAUUUUUUUUUAAAAUUUUUUUAGAAUUAGUGAUAUUUUGUUGAUGCUUUACAAUUAAAAGAUUACAUAAUCAGAAGAAAUUAAGCUCUAAUGAGAAUGCUUUAUGAUAAAAAAAAGCUUUUUUUUUUUUUUUUUUUAAAUGCUCAAGCCCCCAUGGUCACGGUUGUACUGCUAUUUGGCAUUAUGUGAUAAUAACAUAGUCUUGCGGUUAUUUGAAAUUUAUUUUAGCUUUGUAAUCUUCUUUAAAAUAUUUUUGUAAACUUUCUUUGUCCAUUCAAGUUAUGAAGAUUUUCAAUUUUUUUCCAUCAUUUUUGUUUUCUCACAGUAAGCAUCACUGAUUUUAAAGUAUUUUUUUUCCUCAUUCCAAAUUCAAUUUAAAGUUCCAUUUUUAAGAGAAAAAAUAGCCAAGAUGAAGUUAAUAUUGCUAAAUUUAUUUGAUAUACUGGUAAAUAGUUUCAGUUUAUUUUAUUAAAUUAUAUGUCCCUGUUUGAACAUGUCGGUCCCUCAAAUGUUAAAAGUUAAUUUAGUUGAACUAUCUCCCCUUUGUGUAACCAACAAACAAACAUUGAGGAAAAAGCAUUUUAGUUUUUUUUUUUUCUUUUUACUUUAUAUUUUAUUGUUUACUAAUUAAUUAGUGGCUCAAGAGUUACUUUUGAAAUAAUUUGUGUAUAGUUUAAUUCCUACCAGUUUUUUUUUAAUUUCAUAAAUAUAAUAUGACUACAGCAGUGGUGACCAAAUGUUUACACUGUUCUACAAUUGAGUGAUACUGAUAAAAUUUGCUUACACCACCUUACACAAUUCUAUAUAUGCUAAUAAAUAAACUGUCUAUAUGUGUUAAAACCCCGGAUGGUAACUUCUAUAUUUGCUGUUUUUGUUUUGCCGAAAAAGCUAUCCUGAGUUGUGGCCAGGGAAAUGCUCUGAAGGCGGAGUGGAUAAAGGGCGGGUAAAAAUAAGCACCCAAAAUAUGUAUCAAAGAAUCUUGCAAGUUGUGCCCAACGCAAUGCAAUGCAAGAGAGAUUGAAUUGGAGUGGAGCGAUCCAUCAGAGAUAAGGUCAAAGAGCCGAAAUGCAGAAGUUUUAGUGUUAAAUCAGUCUCAGCAUGAUGGCAUUUCUGGGCCGAAGUUCUACACCAAUGUGUGCUUUGGCUGAGAGCCUGAUCAGUUAAGGAGUCGAAACUUGUGAUAUACAGUGGAACCUGGGAUAAUGAACUUAAACUAUUCUGUAACUCCAUUUUUACACCUAAACGUUCUAACUGAAAUUUUUGUUCCCAUUGAAAUCAUUGUCAAUUCAAUUAAUCUCUAUGAGCAUUAGAAAAAUGUAGGGUUUUUUUUGUUGGUGCUCUUCUGUUAUGACAACUAUAGAAAUUAAAAUAUCAAUUAUUAUAGACGUGUUCUAGCUGGUGGGGUGGUGUGCAUGGGUGGAUGCGUGUGCUUGUAAUCUGAAAUAAGGUUCUUUAACUGAGACAAAAAUUGUUCACAAAGCGUAUUCACAAAACUUGUUCACUAACCAAUUUGCUCAUUACAUGGGGCAUUCGUAAACCAAGGAUCAAAUGUGUACAUAUGGUCCAAUCUUUAGGAAUGGAAAAAGGAAUAAUGAAAAAAGCAAAAAAUUCCAGUUUCCUAUACUAAUAUCUUUAUAACUUAAGACUUGUUCUUUACUAUCCCUCCGAUGGACAAUGUAAUGCAAUUCAAAUUGAAGUUAAUGUAAUCCAACAUUCAUUUUUCAUUGACAAAAUAGAAGCAUUUUUUGUUUUUUUCAUCAGAUUGUGUUCUUUGUGUUCCUGUGUUUCAUCAUGACACCGUCCACUGUGUCUGCUGAAUGUACCAGACUUCCAGUUUGUGAGGAAGGCCAGUACUGUGAUGGAGAAGACUGCAAGGCAUGUGACCACGGGUAAGUUAUCUGAUUUGACUGUUAAUUAAAAUUAGAUUUUAAAGUUUUUAGUCCGUGCCAAAACAAAGUGAAUAGUUAAUUUGUUUGACUUUAACACCAUUCAGAUGUGGUUUCUUAAUUAAAGUGGGCAGGGGAAUGCUUGGUUGGAAUAAGGGCAAGGUUGGAAAACAAAAUGGCUUGCAAAGUAAUCAACAACAAAAAAUGUAAGCAAAAUUAUAUAUAUUUUUUUUUAAUUAAAUUUAAUAGUCUGUAAUGAAAGAGAGUCUUGGAGAUCCAUACUGACCCAGAUUCCCUGGAAAUGCAGAGUAUUAGCCCAUCUGGUCCAAACAAAAAAGACUGAAUUUAGGAAUUUUUAAUAAUAUUCCCACUUUCCCUCCAUACUGUCUGCCCUGGCCAACUUCAGCUGUACAUAUUUUCUUAAAGACAAAGUGUUUCUUUAUUUGUAAUUUUCCAGUUAAAUGAAGAGAAGCUAAACCUCUACGUGUGUCUUGAGACAACAUUUAAAACCUUAGAAAAUUAGUCACUGAAGGCAGGUUGCCAGAAAAUUAGUCACUGAAGGCAGGUUGCCAGAAAAUUAGUCACUGAAGGCAGGUUGCCAGAAAAUUAGUCACUGAAGGCAGGUUGCCAGAAAAUUAGUCACUGAAGGCAGGUUGCCGUGUGACAAAUAAAAAAUUACACAAAAGAUUCUGAUGUUUUGGGCUAUUCAUAGUAUUUUGUUAACUUUAAAAGAAAAACAUUAGGAUAUUUCAACCAUCAUCUUCUUAGUUUUACUGCAAUCUCUAGGUUUUACCAGGAGCAGCUGAGGCACAAAGAGAUUGCAUGCAAGCCGUGGACAGUGAGGCACGCCUCUGAGAACUGGAUCAUUGUGGUCAAUGGAUCAGCAACAAGGGAUGUUCAGUGGGACUGCAUGCCGGGAUAUGUCCAGAGAACAUUCUCUGUAAAAGAGACUGAGUGUUUUCCUCAGACAACUACAACCACAACAUCCUCAACGAAAGCUCCCACAAAAAAUGUCACGUCGACACAUGUUGUCACGUCACCGACCACCAGGGCAAGUGAAGUAACCAGUACCAAAGAACCAAAAUUAGAAAUGUUAUCUAUACUUCUCAUAAUUCCAAUUGGCCUGGUGGUAGGUGUAUUCAUUUAUUGUAUAUGCCGUAAAAAAGUCUUGAGAUCAAGUGAAGGAAAUAUGACAGUGGAAGACGGUUAUGGGACCGUGGAAGGCGGUUCAGAAAAAGUUCCUCUUAUUCCAUUACCAGCAACAGAUUUGGCAAAGGAACUGGAAUUUCAAAAAAUGAUCAAAGAUAUUGGAUUUAAGGAUGCAAUGAAGUUGAUUAGAAUCAUACCAGAUCCUAGCCUCCAAUUCAAAGCACAGAAUAGAUUACAGUUUAAUAGGACUAAGAACAAUGAUACAGUCGCGUAUCUCGCAAUAACAUUAUGUGAUUGGCUUGCAAAUAACCCAGCGAUUGAUUCGACAAAGUGUCUGGCGUGGACUUUGGAAUACAUAAAAAAUAUCACUGAUAAAUUUAACAAUGGUAAUGAUAGUUGUAACAAUGGUAAUGGUAACUGUAACAGGGGUAAUGGUGAGGACAGUUGUAACAAUGUCAAUAACUGUAAUAAGGGUACUGAUAACUGUAACAAUGGUACUGAUAACUGUGACAAUGGUAAUGGUGAGGAUAAUUGUAAUGAUGGUAAUGAUAGUUGUAACAAUGGUACCGAUAACUGUAACAAUGGAAAUGGUAAUGAUAAUUGUAAUGGCAGUAAUGAUAAUUGUAACCAUGGUAAUGGUGAGGAUAAUGGUAACAAUGGUAAUGAUGAUGGUAAUGAUAAUUGUAACAAUGGUAAUGAUGACUGUAAUGAUGGUACUGAUAAUUAUAACAAUGGUAAUGAUGACUGUAAUGAUGGUACUGAUCAUUGUAACAAUGGUAAGGAUGACUGUAACGAUGGUACUGAUCAUUGUAACAAUGGUAAUGAUGACUGUAACAAUGGUACUGAUAAUUGUAACAAUGGUAAUGAUGACUGUAAUGAUGGUACUGAUCAUUGUAACAAUGGUAAUGAUGACUGUAAUGAUGGUACUGAUCAUUGUAACAAUGGUAGUGAUGACUGUAACGAUGGUACUGAUAAUUGUAACAAUGGUAAUGAUGACUGUAACGAUGGUACUGAUCAUUUUAACAAUUGUAAUGAUGAUUUUAACGAUGGUAAUGAUAACUGUAACAAUGGUAAUGCAAUAGAAGGCCAAAGAGCGCAGCUUCUGCUACCUGACGAAGUGCAAACCCCAAUAUCAACUGACCAGUGUUUCCACAAACUCUGCUACUUUAUAGUAGAGAACUUGGGUGUUCCUGAGGCUGAACAAUUCAUUACAAUACUGGAUCCUAAGUUAACGUUAAUUUUACGGAAUAGGUUUGAUUAUUUGAGAAGGGAUUUCAAGGAGUGGGAAGCUAGUUUUGUGGACACCUUAGCCGAGUGGAAAAUGAAAACCUCGCAGCAGCCCCCCGUGGUGAGACGCUUUGAAGAAAUUUUAAAGGAGCUGGAGCAAAACCAAAUCUUAGACAGCAGGAUUUAUCAAUUGUUGAUUAGGGAAUUUGAGCUGUCCCUUACCAGUCAUGAAGGUGUGUUGCAAAGAGAUUGAUCUGUACAGUUAAAGAGGCCAACAAAAGAAAAAACUUGAGAAAUUGGAACACAGAUCAUUUUUUUGUGUUUGAAUCUUUUUUUUUUUUUUUUGAGAUUGUGUUGAUUCGAAAUUGAUUGUCAUCUUAAUUCACAUAUCGGAAUGGUUUUGCAUUAUCUUUGGUGUUUUAGCUAAAUUUGGCCUGUGUUAAAAAAAGAAAAAAAUUAAGAAAUUGGAACAAAGAUUAUUUUUUUGUUUUUGAAUUUUUUUUUUUUUUUUUUGAGAUUGUGUGGAUUCGAAAUUGAUUGACAUCUUAAUUCACAUAUCGGAAUGGUUGUGCAUGAUCAUUGGUGUUUUAGCUAAAUUUGGCCUGUGUAUGGAGUAUUUUAUUUUCAUGACAUCUCAAUGAAUCUGAAUAGCUGCCUAUCUGAUGUAGAGGGUUUAUCAGAAUUGCAGCAGAUGAGAAUUAGUGACUUAUAAGUAUACGUGUGAGAAAAUGGUGGUAUUCAGAUGGUGUUUUUUGUUUUAUAAUUUGAUGUAACGCUGAAUCACCGUUUUACCAGACCUGGUCAUUAAUUGUAAUUGAUGUAAACCUAAAUUGUUGUUUUAUCUUAAAAACCUGGUCUUUAUAAGAAUCGGUUUAUACUUGAAUGUGUGUGUUUUUAUUUAAAAUGAUGGAAUGCUGAACAGUAUAUGUUGUAUGAGAAUAGUUUUUGUAUCUGAAGUGGUGUUUAUGAGAAUGCUUCUCAGAAAUAUUAAGCUGGGCACGACUUGGUAUCUUCAAAUCAUUUAUUUUGUUAUUUUUUUGCCACUAAAAAUAUCCCAAGCAGUUCAUUUAUUAUUUUCUUGAUAAUGAUACUAUCUAUCCCUAGUAUCACUGUUUCAUUUUUCAAAAGUGAGAGUGUUUUCUGAGAGUGUUUUAAGAGCUAGAUCGUUCCAUUAAUACCUUGAUGUCAGCCUACUUGUUACUUGCUGAAGGAAGCCAUCAUACGUUGUAGCAGACAAUUGGAUGGAGCACCUGUUAAAUGCUGAAAGAAGCCAUCAUACGUUGUAGCAGACGAUUGGAUGGAGCACCUGUUAAAUGCUGAAAGAAGCCAUCAUACGUUGUAGCAGAUGAUUGGAUGGAGCACCUGUUCAAUGCUGAAAGAAGCCAUCAUAUGUUGUAGCAGAUGAUUUUAUGGAGCACCUGUUAAAUGCUGAAAGAGGCCAUCAUACGUUGUAGCAGAUGAUUGGAUGGAGCACCUGUUAAAUGCUGAAAGAAGCCAUCAUACGUUGUAGCAGAUGAUUGGAUGGAGCACCUGUUCAAUGCUGAAAGAAGCCAUCAUAUGUUGUAGCAGAUGAUUUUAUGGAGCACCUAUUCAAUGUUGAAGGAAGACAUCAUAUGUUGUAGCAGAUGAUUGGAUGGGGCAUCUUUGACUUACACGGGCAGCAGAAUACUUUUAUUGCCCUUUUUUUAUUUAAUAAUUGUGUGAUAUCCCAUGCCCUCCAUUUCAUGUUUGAGAUCAGUCUUACUUUCAACACCUGCAAGUCUUAUAUGUGCCAUAAUACAUGAGGUGAUAUUCAGCUCAAGUUACACCUAUUAUGCAAGAGUUCCCAAACGACUAGCAAACGAAUCCAUUGAUUCAUAUUAAUUUGUAUUAAUUCAUUUAUAUUUACUAACUCAUUAAAUUGUUAAAACACUGCAGUGUGUAGAGAGGUGCCUUAAGGUUGAGAAAUGUUUUCAUAAUUACUGUACAAACUUACACCAUUUUUUUUGUUAUCUAUGUGCAUGAAUUAAUGCAUUUGUUUUAGUAUUGUGCCGUCUUUAACUGUGAAAUUAAACUAAAUGUUUGCAAUUUGAACUGAUUCUGGUCCCUUCCAUAAGGUAGCAUGUGCAAUUUGAACUGAUUCUGGACCCUUCUAUCAGGUAGCAGCAAACCAUAUGUUUGCAAACCAUAUGUUUGCAAUUCAAACUGAUGCUGGUCCCUUCUAUAAGGUAAAGGCAUUGUUGAUAUUAUAUAGUGCAGUAACAGCUUGUAGGUGUGGUGACUGUAUGAUGAGAUUAAGGGCGGAAACCGUAGUGUGGAUUGUAUGUCUCUGCCUGUUUACAUACCACUGCAACACAGAAGUACAUGUCAUCUCACUGAAUCUGGACAGAACACAUAAGUACAUGUUAUCUCGCUGGAUCUGGACAGAACACAGAAGUGCAUGUCAUCUCGCUGAAUCUGGACAGAACACAGAAGUACAUGUCAUCUCGCCUUUCAAAACCAAGGAUGGAAUCACGGAGGGCUGUCUCUCUUACUCUUAGAUUCUCUUCUCACUAAUCAUUGAUUGGAUAACACAUCAAACCUUUCAAGGGUAGAGUACAAAAAACAAAAUACGAUGGAUGCUGGCUUCUGCUUGAGAGCACAGACUACACGCACAUGACAACGAAUUGCUGUCUGGCAUGCACCACGCUGCCCUGGAAAAUUCAAAGAAGCUCAUUGAACUGACAUGACCAUAGCUGGUACAAAAAAGCCUUAAUGAAGGAAAGAAUUAAACAUAAUGUUCUAGCACUUAAGAAAAAAAGUGGGAGGGUGUUUUGCGCUGUUGCUACUGUAUAGCCUCAGACCCAUAUUAGGGUGCUGGUUGCUACUGUAUAGCCUCAGACCCAUAUUAGGGUGCUGGUUGCUACUGUAUAGCCUCAGAC